AAAUAAUAAAAGUAAAUUUACAUAAUUAUUAUACGACGAUAGUUAUUACAAACUAUUAUUGAAAAUGGCCUUACGCGCACGGGCGAAUGUGAUUUAGUACGCGCCGGGUCAUCCCAGAGGGUGGACGUAUCGCUCAUUUCCCGCGCGUCUAAAAGUUGAUUGACCUUACGUACGACCGAGGUUCAAAAGGAGUAUAGUGCGUCAUUGGAUUUGAUACUUUAGCAUGGGUAACAAACGCAAAAAAUAUAGUUGCAGUAGAAAUGCGAAGUCUGCAGCGAACGCCAGGCAAUCAAAAAGGAGAAAGAUUAACGAGGAAAAAAACCAACGUACUCAUGAAUCUCCUGACAAUAACGACUCCUGUGUUGAUUCAAAAAAUAAUAAUCGUGACAAUGAAUUAUUUGAUGCACUCAUAUCGGAUCUGGAAAAAAUAGAUGAGAAAAAACAAAAUAUACAUUUAGAAGAAACGGCAAAUAUUGAAGAGUUUGAAUUGGAAGUGGAGCCACAAAAACAUAUCAUUCCUCCAUAUCAAAUUAUAGGAAGAAGGAUUGUUGAUUUCAUGUAUUUCUUUGAUCAAAUCAAAAUCGUAGCUAACCAUAAUCCUGGACUCGGUUGUUCAAUAAGUAAUGUUGAAAUUGUCAAAGAAAUACUUAAUGGCUUAGAAUCGACAAUCCACUUCAAAUGUACAAUGUGUAACAAGAAAUUUAAUGUCACACUAUGCAAUAAUAAUUUUCCAAAAGAGAUGACCACAAACCAUGCUGCAGUGACUGGUGCCAUGUUAAUUGGUUGUGGUUGGAGCAACCUGAAUGAGUUUUUGAGUGCUAUAGAUCUUCCAAAUUUAGGUCAAAAAUCUUAUGCAACUUGCCAUAAUGACGUAUCUAAGUGGUGGGCAGUUGCUGCAGAGGCAUCAAUGAAAGAGGCUGCUGAGGAGGAAGCAAAGCUAGCCAUCGAAGGUGGUGAAGUUAUAACAGGAAUUCCUUCAAUCACAGUAGUAGCCGAUGCUUCAUAUAGGGGGAAAAGAAUAAAUUUUUCUUUAAAAAACUCUUAUACUGCCAGGUGCCAUGCUGCGGUUGUUGCAUUUAAUACCGGUAAACCACAGUACAAUUUAUACCAAACUAACUUCAAACAAAGUCCGAGGAAAGCUGUAAAAAUUCUGGAGUUGCGCCGGCGUAGGCGCAAUAUUCAUCGCCGCCGUCAAGGUCCUAAAAGGAAAAUAAUAUUUAGUAAUGAGAACCGAGACUACGGAGAGAAAUGCCAAAAACCAGAUUUGAGUCCAGAGCAGUACGACAUAGCCAAAAGUUUGUUUUUGUCUAAUUUGAAAGAACUUGUGGAAAAUCGUCAUGCCGUUGAACGUGACACGGUAUUACAAGCUGAAAGUGCGUUGUGGCUAGAGCUCCGUAGAUGCCUGUUGACAGCCUCAUCAUUCAGCAAGAUUUGCAAGAGACGACCCAACAUAAGCUCAGCACCUCUUGUGAAGUCCAUCGUAUACUCGUAUUCGUUGGACAAAGUGCCAGCCAUAGAAUAUGGUAAAAGUAAUGAAAAAUCUGCUAUAGACCAACUACAGCAACAAGAAAACAUCGUUGUGGAAAAGUGUGGACUUUUCAUCGACAAAGAGCAUUAUUUCUUGGGUGCAUCUCCCGAUGGUCUCUACAACCAGGGAAUUAUUGAAAUAAAAUGUCCAUAUUCUGCACGCAACAUGGAUGCUGAGGAAGCGAUAAGGCAGCGCAAAAUUAAAUUUUGGAAAUUGGACGGCACCGUUAAUACCAACCACGAUUGGUAA